AUGUUGGGGGAGGGCAAGGGGAAGCAUGGGGGAGAGGUGGAGCCGCGGGAAGAGCAACGGCAGGCGGAAGGACCGCAGGCCCGUGGGCGCGGCGGGGGACGCGGGCAGGGGAAGGCGACAGGAGGCGGAGCGGGCGGCAGUAGCAGCAGCAGCGGGAACGCCAACGUCAGCGCCAGGAGAGUGCUGCGCAAGUCUGUUACAGAGCCCCGCGGGGCGCUUAAUAGCGCGGCUGCUAGAGCGCGGCUGGGCGCGGGGGGCGCGGAAGGGGGCGCGGGGGAGGAUGGGGGGGGUGCGUUGGCGGAGGAGCAGCGGCAGCGCACGCUGCAGCAGGUGCGGCUGCACCAGCUGUGGGCGGAGCAGAGGCAGCGGCGGCGGGAGGAGAUGCGGCUGGCCAAGGCGCAGGAGAGCCAGGGGCGCGGGGAGGCGGACGCGGACGCUGGGCGCGCGGGGAUGGGGGGAGGGGGAGGGGCGGAGGGAGAAGGGGGUGCGGGGGGAGGAGGGGGUGCGGUGGGAGAGGGGGACGAGAAAAGAAAAGAAUUAGGGUUGAAGAAGGAAAGGGCAGUGGGGGCAGACGAGUCCACGCUGGGGAUGUGCAGCGUGCAUUGUGCUGAACCCGUUUUGUCCCCUUCUCCUCGCUCCCUCCCGCCUCAUGCGCCCUGCUCCUGCUCCGUUUCCGCUGCUUCUGCUGCGCCCCCCUCCUUCCCGCAUUCUCUCUCUGCUCCUCUGCCUGCUGCUUUCUCGUCUCCGCCAGUGCACCCCUCCUGCUGCCCGCACCACACCAUCCCGCCCGCCCCUCCAGCCGCCGCUCGGCGCGCCUCCCACCCCAUGCACCCCCCUGCCCCUCUCCCCCCUCGCGCGCCUUCCUUCCCCCCACACCCCUCCGCCUCCGCCUCCGCCUCCGCCUCCGCCUCCGCCUCUGCUUCCCGGCGCCUGUCUAAAGCUUCAAGCGCGCCUCAGCGGUCCCGCGUGUGGGAUAGCGUUCCCAGAAGCCCCUUGGGGGACAGCAGCAGCAGGCUGAGAGGGGGACAUUCCGUGUGGGAGGAGGAGGAGGAGGAGGAGGAAGAGGACGAUGAGGGAGAGGAGUUUUGGGAAGAGGAGGGGGGAAGGGAGGGAGGAGGGCACGAUUGGGAGGAUGCGAGUGAGGAGGGUGGUAGUGUAGGAGUAGGGGGAGGAGGAAAAGGAGGAGGGGAUGGAGGGGUCGGAGGGAGGAAACUGCAGGGAAAAGGGGCGGAUGAGGAGGGGGAAGGGGGAGAGGAGGAAGAGGAGGAGCCGGUGCGUCUGUUGGCGAGAGGAGAGCUGCCCUGGGCACACAGUCCCAUGGCCUUUGCUCCCUCUGCUCCCUCUGCUCCCCGUGGCGCUGCCUUCCCACGCUCCUUCUCCUCCUCUCCUUCUCUCGCGCUCUCUACCGGUCUCGCUUCUAUUCCCCCCCAUGCUGCUGCUACUGCUUCUGCUGCGGGAAGAAUGGACUAUCAGCAGCAGCAGCAGCAGCAGCGACUGCACCACGCGGUUUCCCUGUCCCCUCGUGGGGCCCAUCAUAAGACAGUAGCAGCAGCAGGAGGCGGAGCAGCAGGGGUGUCGCUUUGGCAGCAGCAUCAGCAGCAGAAGCAGAAUCAGCAGCUGCAGCAGUUGCAGCAUCAGCACUCGCAGCAGCAGGGGCAGCAGCAGCAGAAACACUAUCCGCGGUCAGGGUCUCUCCCUCCCCUUCGACGGGCAUGGACAGACAGCAACCACAAUACCACGGCCGAACCUGACCCCAGCUGGGCAGCUGGAAGUGUUUUCGGGCUGCCCGGAAGCAGUAGCGCGCACACGUGGCAGGAAGGGAGUGUGGAGGAGGAAGAGGAGGACGAUUUUGUCGAAUUGAAUGGAUGGGAGGAGGAUGAGGGAGAUGGGGGGCAUGGGGGACAUGGGGGAGAGAUGCCACCACACGAUCAUGGAGCAGAGAGGGCGCAUUGUGGGGUGGGGAGAAGGGAGGGUGUGACGGCAGGCAUGGGCAUGGGGAGGGGCAAGGGCGCUGGCACAGUGGGUGCUGGCAGUGGGCGUGUGCGAGAGGUGCAGCAACAGCAGCAUUAUGAGCAGCAGCGGCAGUACCAGCAACAGUACCAGCAGCAGCAGCAGCAGCAGCAGCAGCGUGGCGAGAGGGAGGCGGUGUUCCGAAAGGCAAGGAGCGUGCCAAAGAGGCUGCUGAACCAGGUGUCUCCGCAGCAGUUCCAAUUCCCGCCCUCCUCCUCCCUUCCCUCAACCGUUCAAGCAGGUGUGUUCUCACCCCCUGUGCUCCUCCCCCCGUCCUCCUCUCUCCCCGGUCCUCUUCCAUCCCCCAGAGCUGCUGUGCCGCGGCAAGGGGGCUUAGCCCUCUCCUCUCCUAGAGCGACUCUUGGUUUUAACCCUGCCUCUGCUGCUGGUGCUUCUGGUGGUGGUGCUGCUGCUGGUGUUGGUGGUGGUGGUGUUGCUGCUGCUGGUGCCACAGGGAGAGGGUGGGCAGGAGGCAAGGCAGGGCGGGCUAUGGUGAGAGUGAAUCCCUUGCAGCUGCCGGGACAGGGGGUUAGAGAGGGGGGAAGAGGCCGCGGGGGUAGAGGUUCGAGAAACACAGAGCGGUAUGGACAGAGCUUGGGGAGAGGGCAGGAGGAGGAGGACGAGGAGGAGGAUGAUGCAGGCGGUACGGCAGGAGAAGGGGAUAGCGAGGAGGACUUCUGGGGAAGAGGGGUACGAGGAGGAGGGGGAGCGGGGUACCUGAUGGGACCCCUGUCCGCCCGUGGGGCCGGUGGGCGGGAUAGUGUGGCGUGCGCCCAUGCCCACCAGCAGGAGCACCACAGCCAGCAAGGCGGGUGGCAGGCGCUUGUGACACCGCGGCGGGAUGGCAGGGGGGGAGCAGAAGGGAGGGGGAGAGCGGCAGAAUGGAAGGACCCAGAUGGGUGGUGGGGUCGUCAUGAUGAUGGGGUUGCUGCUGCUGCUUCUGCUGCUGCUGCUGCUGGUGGCGCUGCUGCUGCUAGUAUUACUACUGCUCGCUCUGCUGGCAGUGCUAGUGGUGGCAGUAGUUGUGGCAGUGGCUCUGAUGCUGCUAUGAACGCCUUUGCUCGUGGUGGUGCUGGUUCCAGAGGUCAAGCAAGAGAAAGCGCACUAAGCACACGCAGCACACUCCCAACCGCACACGCCCCUUCUCUGCGCCUCAGCUCCCCAUCCCUGCAACGCCACUUCCCCACCUCCCCCCGCCCAGGCCGCACCACCCCACAUCUCCUCCCCUCCUCCCCCCGCCCCGUGCCCUCCUCCUCCCGCGCACUGCCCCUCUCCCCCCGCCCCUACCACACCCCAGCCUCCGCAUUCCCCCUCAAAGCGCCACCCUCCCCGCCCCUCUCCCGCAGGACCUCCGGCUCCCCUCUUUCCCCCCGACUCCCUCACCCCUCAGCCUCCUCUCUCCCCCUCAAAGCCCCCCUCUCCCCGCCUCUCUCCCGCAGAACCUCCGGCUCGCCUCUCUCGCAGCGCCUGUCUGGGUCGCCUCUCUCGCAGCGCUUGUCAGGCUCACCCCUGUCCCAUAGAACAUCAGGGUCGCCGCUCUCUCACUUGGGCAGUGACCUAGAGGGAGAGGUGGAGAGAGCGUGGCGACGCACGGGAGGCCCUUCGUCCCCUCCUCUGGAGGUGUCUCUGAGGAAAUUUAGGAGGGAGCUGAGUGGGAGGCUUAGUGGGGGGGUGGGAGGGUCGCAGGGUGGGGAGGGGGAGGGCGGGAGGGAGGAUGGGGCGUUUGAGUUUCAGCACUCCAGCCCGUGCAAGCCGGGGGAAAGGGCGCUGGUAUCACAUGAGAGGCACCGGCAUGAGGUGGGAGCGGAGAUGCAUCCUGCAGAUCACCAUUACCACCACCACCACCACCAGCCGCAGCCGCAGCUGCAGCAGCACCAGCACCAUCAUCAUCAGCAGCAUCAUCAGCAGCAGCAGCAGCAGCAGGUGUAUGCUGGUAUGAUCGAGCCACAGCAGGUGGAGGAGCCACCAGUACGAUCAGAGAUUCUCAUUAUUGACAACUCGUCUCCCAGCGAUAGUGAGGAAGACGAAGCCGACCUGCACCACCACCACCACCCCCACCCUGCCUUCCCCACUCACCAUCCUGUCCCCCUUUCCGUUCCUGCCCCUGCCACCACACCGUCUUUCCACGCUCCCCCUACCACGCCUGCUCUCCUGCUUGCUGCGGCCGGGGCUGCUCUGUCUGCGUCUACAUGCCUCUCUUCCGGAUCACCAGCAGCAGCAGCAGCAGCAGCAGCAGCUGCCGCUUCUCCCGCUAUCACCACAGCUACACGCGGUCUGCCCACGCUCCAUGCCACUGCUGUUAUGCCCCGCAUUCCCACGCCUGUGUCUCCCCGCCUACACUCGUUUUCUACUGCUGCCUCCUCCUCCUGCUCCUCUAGAGCCGCGCCCAUAGCUUCGGCAGGAGGAACUGUAGCAGCUGGAGCAGGAGCAACAAGAGCAGGAGCAGCACGAGGAGCAGGAGGAGCAGGAGCAACAGCAGGUGUGCACACACAAGGGGUCCAGCAGGCACCAGCCCUCACAGCCGCUGCUUCUAGUGCUGCUGUUUCCAGGGGGAGUGCGAGAGCAGGCAGCAUGGGAGACUGGCUUGAUGGCCAGGAUAUGAACGUGUCUGUUCUCGCCGAAAGCGACGGUACCAUGAUCACAGACCUGCAGCAGCAGCAGCAGCAGCAGCAGCAGCAGCAGGGAGAGGGCUCGGAGUUUGGCUCUCCACCCCGCCAGGAGCAGCAAGCAGACUCGGAGGCGCCUCUAUCGCCUCUCACCCCGCCCCUCUCGCCCCUGCUCCAGCACCGCAUGCUGCUGUUCUGCGGGCCUGGGUGCGUGCCCUUGCCUUUUGCUCCUGCUGCGCUGGGACUAGACAUGCCCAAGCGGCUGUCUGCGAAAGAUAGGCAGGCGUCUGCUCCUGUUGGUGCUGCUGGCGCGUUGGGGGUGGGGGGAUUGGGUGGAGAAUCGGGGUCAGCAGAGACAGGAGGAACAGGAGGAGGGGGUGGAAGGGGAAAAGGCAGAGGAGGGGAAAUGGCACAGAGCAUGGUGCAAAGGGAUGGAAAUGCAGGCGAAGUUGAUGGUGGGGGUGAAAGCUUUGCAAGGGUGAGGGGGAAAGAAAGGCCAGGAAGCUGGAAAGACAAGGCUGAUGGUGGCACCGAGGCAACAGCAGGGAUGGGGAAGUCUGGGGGUUGGAGUGGGGAAACGAGUGUCACACGGAGUGUCACAGGGAGUGUUAUGGGAAGUUCUGAAGGGCAUGGGGAAGCACCAGUUAUUAACGGAGGCUGGGGGUCUCCUGGGGAAGUGCAGGGGGGUGGAGCGGUGGUGGCGGGGCGGAGAGUGGUGGGGAAGAAGGAGCUAAACGAGCAGCGGCGGGCGGGCAGGAGAAAGGGGUCAUGGGGCAGUGCAGUGUUUGAAGGACUCAUGCUGCGGCGCCAGCGCUCCAAAGCCAAGGUGCGUGUGUGCGCUUUAAAGCCAAGGUGUGUGUGA